CUCACGGCCUCUAUCAGCGUUAGUCAGCGAUGGAGUACGCGCUCGCCCUGACCGGCUAUCUGUGGCUGCUCGUGGUGACACUCGGUGCCAUCGUGGGCUAUCUGUUCGUUUGGCGACGGUACACAUUCUGGAAGCGGCACAAUGUACCCUACGUCGAACCGGAGCUACCGUACGGGAAUUUCAAGGAGUUGGGCAAAACCCUCCAUCCGGCCCACCUGAGCCAACGGUUCUACGAGCGGUACAAGGAUCUGCCCGGUAGUCCCGGGUUCGUCGGUUUGUACAUCUUCCUCAAUCCGGUGAUGAUGGUAACGGAUUUGCGGCUCGCGAAACGAAUUCUCAUCGAGGACUUUCACUACUUCCCCGAUCGUGGUGUGUACUUUAACGAACGUGAUGAUCCCCUGUCGGCACACCUAUUCUCACUCGAAGGGAGUAAGUGGCGGGAUCUGAGGGCGAAGAUAACGCCCACGUUUACGAGUGGCCGCAUGAAGGCCGCCUUUCCGAUGGUACUCGCGAUCGCCGAACAGUUCUGUGAUCAUCUGUGGGAAGGUGUGUGCAGUGCAGUGGGCGACGGUGGAGGUGUGGUGGAAAUCCGUGAUCUGAUGGCACGCUUUACCACGGACGUGAUCGGUUCGUACGCGUUCGGACUCGAUUGUAACAGUUUCCGGGAGCCGGAGAACGAGUUCCGGCGUAUCGGGCGGAAACACUUUGACACACCGCGCAACCAUCCACUGAAGGUGUUCAUCAUGAAGACGUUCCGGGGGUUAGCGAACGCGCUCGGCAUGAAACAGAUCCACGACGAUGUGGCGGAGUUCUUCAGCGGCAUCAUCCGCGAGACGAUCGCCCACCGGGAGCGUAGUGGUGAGAGCCGGCAGGACUUUCUGGAUCUGCUGAUAAGACUGAAAAACACCGGCAUGCUCGACGGUGCCAAAGAGAUAGUGGGCCGCCUAACGUUCGAGGAGAUUGCGGCCCAGGCGUUCAUUUUCUUCACCGCCGGGUUCGAGACUUCGUCCGGGGCGAUGACCUACACACUGUACGAGCUCGCCCUGAACGAGGAGAUACAACAGCGGGCACGGGAAUGUGUACUGACCGAGCUCGAGCGUCACGACGGUGUACUGACGUACGAUUCGUUCAAGAACAUGCUCUACUUGGAUCAGUGCAUCUAUGAAACACUGCGCAAGUAUCCACCGGUGGCCAUUUUGGAGCGCAUCGUAUCGAAGCCGUACCGAAUGCCGGACACCGGCGUUGUGCUGCCCGUCGGGAUGAAGAUCAUGAUACCGGCGUACGCCAUUCACCAUGAUCCCGCUCACUAUCCCGAGCCGGCCAGCUAUCGGCCGGAACGGUUCACACCGGACCAGAUGGCCAAACGGGAUUCCUGCGCUUUCCUACCAUUCGGUGAGGGUCCACGGAUCUGCAUCGGGUUGCGCUUCGGUAUGAUGCAGGCGCGCAUAGGGUUGGCCUUGCUGUUGCGACACUUUCGUGUGAUACCGUGCGAUGAAACGGAGGUGCCCCUCACCUUCUCCAAGACGGCAUUCGUCUUGACGCCCGUGAAAGGCGUUUGGUUGCGGUUAGAGCGGUACGAAUGAUUUUGGUAGGCAAGAACUGACUACUUUAUGAAAUGCUCAAAUUCUAUUCAAAAUAACAAUUUUCUACUUAAACUUUUACGUAUUGGGGUGCAAAAUUUGUUUUUUUUAUUAAGGUUUGGUUCAGAAAUUGCCAUAAAAUAAAUAUGAAAAUGGA